CGUCAGUGUGCGUCCAGUGAGUGUUGUGAAGGUCCUGGGCAGGAAUACGAUGUCGGCGCCGACCGCGCAGGAGAGAAAAGCAUGCUGGGACGCCCGGGACAGGUACUGGCAGUGCCUGGAUGACACUCGGGAGGACAAGGACAAGUGCCAACAGUUCAGGAAAGGCUUCGAGGAGAACUGCCCACUGACAUGGAUGAAAUACUUUGAUAAGAGACGAGAUUAUCUGAAGUACAAAGCCAACAUGGAGUCUAAAGGAUUCGAACCUUCACAAAGCACCAAGAACUCCUAGGGGCCC